AGAGAGCUGACGCGCGGCUCAUACCAUUGUACUGACUCAUCGUUUGCUGGAAAACGGUCGGAAAUGGGAGAGAGGGUGUUGCUGGGAUCGGUAGUUGCGUUCAACACUCUAUUUUAAGACUUACUGACUUUAUGUGCAAGGCUGCGUUUUUAAGAACCGCGUGGUCAGCAAGCAGCUAGUGUUAGUAGUUAUUUAACAAAUCGUAUUUGAAUUAAUCACAGAUCUUGGUUGUCAUCAAAGAAGUGAUUCACCUUCGCUCUCCAUCCCUUGGGUGUACACAGUGGCAGGACACUAGGGCGCGAAGGGUCACUGCCCGGCUUUGCUCACUUCUGUUUGUUUUAUUAAGUUGAUUGUGACAUUGGGAUAGAAACAAAGUUAAGCCUGGGCAUUUUGUCUCAACUGCAGAAACUUUUUGGAUUUGGAUUCAGACUUGCAGAAAAAUACAGUUAACUGUGCUCCUUGGGAGCAGAAGUCCUUUUUUUCUGACAUUCAGUUUAUACAGCCAUCCUUUCAUCGCUAGAGCGAUUGACCAAAAAAGGUGGCAGUUAAUGUCGAAAUCGAUUUAACUUCUACAAAAGUUUUUUUCUUCACUUCGAGACACUUUGGAAUCGGCAUCGGGGAGUACAAAGACCAUUAAAAGUUAUUGCUGCUCACGGACCAUGUACCAGGAUUAUCCUGUAAAUUACGACACAUCGUCUCGCGGCAGCAGCGCAUCUCCUGCACAUUCUGACUCCUUCAGUAACGGGAGCAGCAACGGCAGCACGCACCCCCCUUCUGGGCAUCAGAAAUACAGACCUGAUAUGCCAGGCUCCACCAGUGCCUUUGUUCCGACUGUAAAUGCUAUAACAACCAGUCAGGAUUUACAGUGGAUGGUUCAGCCUACUGUGAUCACAUCUAUGUCCAGCCCAUAUAGCCGUUCUCACCCUUACAAUAUUCCAAGUGCUACCCUGGCACCCAGCCAUGGCCACCUGGCUUUAAGGCCUGGAGUAAUUAAAUCCAUUGGAACGACAGUUGGCAGGAGGCGAAGAGAUGAGCAACUGACACCAGAAGAAGAAGAAAAGAGACGAAUAAGGAGGGAGCGGAACAAAGUGGCUGCUGCUAAAUGUCGGAACAGGCGUAGGGAGCUUACUGAAAAGUUGCAGAUGGAGACUGAGGAACUGGAAGAGGAGAAGUCAGGACUUCAGAAGGAAAUUGAUGAUCUGCGUAAGGAAAAAGAAAAACUGGAGUUUAUGCUGAUGGCACACAGUCCUGUGUGUAAAUUGAGCACAGAUGAAAGGACUCUGCCAUCACACAGGCACCAUGGUGAGCAGCCUUCACUCACCAAUGGUGUUGUAAAAGUUAAAGUAGAGCCUUCGGAUGAGGAGAUUCCUGUAUCAUGUUCUGUCUUCGAGAAAUCUCAGAGAUCAGUUAUCAAACCUAUCAGUAUUACAGGGGAUUUCUACAUGGAAGAGUCUCUCAACACUCCUGUUGUAGUGACCUCCACACCUGCCAUUGCUUCUGGCACUUCCAACUUAGUGUUCACUUAUCCGAGUGGAGUGGAGCAAGAACCACCAAUAUCUCCAUCAGAGUCCUGCUCCAAAGCACACCGACGCAGUAGCAGCAGUGGUGGAGGAGGUGGUGAUCAGUCCUCAGACUCUUUGAACUCUCCAACAUUGCUGGCACUAUAAUUUUGACCCUCAAAGUAAAGAGAAACUGCUUCAGAAUUUGCCAAGAAAGGUGGGUUGAAAAUGAUGGACAAGUAAUUUUCAAGGAGAUGAAACACAGACAUCUAAAACUGCCUUAGGGAUUGUCUUUAUAUUUAAAUAUUUGUAUAAUGUUAACUGGAGUUUGGAUGACUACAGUCUGACACUGUUUGUUCUGUUAUUUUUAUAUUAUGAUAUGUGUAAUUUAAGCUCUUUCCUUGCUUGUUAAUAGCAGUCUUGUAUAGGGAUUUUUUUCUGUUCAGGUACAGAGUAACUUUUUAAAAAAAAACGGCAACAGAUGGUGUUCAUCUGUUUCCUGAUCCACAGCAAGAAAAUAAACUCUGCUCUGAGGAGUCUUCUGUUUGAAUGAUCACAAAUAUCUAAGAUCUAAAUGCCACCAGCAUGAUGAUUAGGGGAGCUGCUGAAAUUUCCCCACUGUCUACGUUUGAAAAGCAUUGACCAUUGUGCGACGGCUGUACCUGUAUAUAUGUGACUGCUUUAAUUUUACUGAUGGAUAUUAUCUGAAGUAAACUAGGUGACAAUGCACUACAUUCCACGUUCAUUGACCUCUGAGUAGAAGAUUUUAAAAGUACUACAUUUUGGCUGUGCUAAAAUGUUGGUGAACACUGAUCAGUGAUUUAUGUGUCUAGCUCUGCUUUUCAGUAAACCACUCCAUAGAGAGGCUGGUAGAAAAGUGCCUCUGUUUGUAGACAGUUAUUCCCUUUUAAGCACUGAACGUACAGAGUUAAUCUGAAUGAAAUUGGCUGAAAUAAAUUUGCUGUAUCCAGGUAAAUCAGCUAUUGUCAGAACUUGUUGCACUCUGGUAUGCUGUUUACUGAAAUUGUUUUCUAGUACAAGUUUAAGAUUUUGUAUGCUUUGCAAGUGUUUGCUUUUGGCUAAGAGAAUUGCAAGUUUCAUAUUUUGUGUUCAGAGGGCUUUGAAUAUUAAACCGUUUUGUUAUCUUUU